GUAUUUUCGAUUAUUUCUUCCUCUUACAAUAAGUUAAAAUUACGACCCAUAGAUCUAAUCAUUUAACGAAUAUUUCAACACAAACAAAGCAUCACAGCAUGGCCUCAAGUUUAGUUGAUUAUGAUACCGGUAACGGUAUGAGUUCUCAUAUUGAUAAACAUGAAGAAAAAAUGUAUACCAUAGAAGCUUCAGUGGUUACUGGCUUUGAAGAGACAGCUCGAGGGGAAGCGAAAGAACUUUUCAAUACAGAAGUUAAAGCUGCAAGAGGCAAAAUAAAAUGGGCUAUUCCGUACAAUAGAAUUCAAGAUGUUUUGAAAAUGGGAUCAAUAGACAACUUCAAAGUUGUGAUGCACUCUGUACCUCACUUUCAUUUUACAGAUCAGCAUGACAGCUUAUCUCGCUUGCAGAAAAUGGUUGCAGACGUAGACUGGGAGAGUGGACUGAGAGUUUGGAGACUUUUCAAUAACUUUUCUCACCCCAUCCCACCCCACCCUGAAGUUAUUCCUACACCCGAUGAUCUGGUUCAGGUUAUCAUUAUGGGAAAUCUGCCGGCUAAAAAAGGAAAGGAAGAAAAAAAGUAUAAAAAGGGAGGGAAUUGGAAAAAAAAGAAAGACAAAAAGCUAACAAAAGAAAUUCAAAGUGAAAGAAAUAGGGACAAUGACAAGACAAGUAACACGAUAAGAUGUAAUACAAAGACAACAUUAUCAUCUUACAAACAUCAAUCAGAAUGUGACACAAGCACCAACAUUCAAAAUGACCAAGCUCUCAAUGAAACAGCAGUGAGUGAUGCUGAAGUCAAAACUUUUGUUGAAACAGAAGUUUCUAGGCUUGAGAUUAGAUCUAGUGAAAAUAGAGACAUUCAAAACAAUGAUGGUAAACCUCUUGAUAAAAUAGAAAGUGAAGCUACACCUGCUUGUGAAACAGAAUUGCAAAAUGUUGAAGCUACACCUGCUUGUGAAACAGAAUUGCAAAAUGUUGAAGCUACACCUGCUUGUGAAACAGAAUUGCAAAAUGUUGAAGCUACACCUGCUUGUGAAACAGAAUUGCAAAAUGUUGAAGCUUCACCUGCUUGUGAAACAGAAUUGCAAAAUGUUGAAGCUACACCAUUUGAUAAAACUGAAUUGCAAAAUGCUGAAGCUACACCUGUUGAUAAAACAGAAUUGCAAAAUGCUGAAGCUACACCUGUUGAUAAAACAGAAUUGCAAAAUGCUGAAGCUACACCUGUUGAUAAAACAGAAUUACAAAAUUUUGAAGAUACAACAGUUGAUAAAACUGAAUUGCAAAAUGUUGAAGCUACAACUGCUGGUAAAACAGAAUUACAAAAUGUUGAAGCUACAACUGUUGAUAAAACAGAACUGCAAAAUGUUGAAGCUACAACUGUUGGUAAAACAGAAUUGCAAAAUGAUGAAGCUAACACUAUUAGUAAAACUGAAUUGCAAAACAUUGAAGCAACACUUAUUGAUACAACAGAAUUGCAUAAUCUAGAAGUUAAAUCUCUUAUUGAAAAAAAAUCUCAAAUUCUUCAAGUUCAAGGCCUUUGUAAUAUAGAAGUUGGAAAUGUAGUUCAACCUGUUAUUGAAAGUGACUUGCAAAAUGUUCCUUCUCCAGGUGAAUUGUCUCAUGUCAAAUCUAAAUUUGAAGUACAAAAUGUUGAUGUUAAACUUUUUUGUGAAUCACAAGUCCGAAGUGUAGAAGAUAAAUUUCUGGAUGAACCAAAAGUACAAACUAAAGAUAUUUAUCCUCCUAAAACACAAGUAAUUAAUAAUGAUAUCAAAUGUCCUGAUGAACCAAAGCUUUGCAUUCCUAAUGUUAUGAAUAUUGUAGAGGCAGAAGUGAAAAAAUCAGACAAGAAAACUAUGACUGUACUCCAUGAACCUAAGACUGUCAUAAUCAAACGUCGUGAAGACUGGAAUAAGGAUACUCAGAUUGAUAUCAAAGUUUUAUUACCCAAUCCUGAUGAAAAUAUGUUUCCUGCCAAAUUAACAGAAAGUGAUGACAGAAAUGUGGAGCCAAUGGAUGUAGAUAUCUCCUUGUCUAAUGCCAGUAUUAGGGAGGAAGCUUUGAACAGUGCUAAAGAUAUGUCUGUGAUGAAACCAAGGGGAGACAAUGAGACCUCAGUUAACAGAGCUUUGUCAGAAGAAUGCCUGUCAAGUUUAAGUGAAACUGAGUUUGCCUCAAGUGUUAUAAAAAAGUUAACAUCACAGCCAAGUGAACAGUUGAGAACAUUUGAAGGUAGUAACUCUCCUCAAAGUACGAGCACACCGCCACCCACCCCCACAUUCUUUGCUACAUCAUUGGCAGAUCUUCCCUCAGAUGUUGCUUCCUCAAAAGAUUCAACUGUCUUAGAUUCUCUACCAACUAAGAAUAAACUUGAUGCUGAUUCAGCUUAUGAAGCUCGAAGUGACUAUGACCUUGACACUUUGUAUGAUUCUAGUCUGUUAAAAAGCUCCCCUACAAAAACAGGAGCAGUUCCUGUGAUGAGUGUCGAGGCAGCUUCCAGAGAUCCAACUAAACCAACAUUUCGUGUCACUUGUAACAGGAAUGGGGAAUCUCAUCCUUUUGAUUCUCCAUCUGCUGCAGCAAGUUUUGGAAGUGCUGUUAACAAGUACCAUCAGUGGAUUGUUGAUCUGUCUAAUUAUGAUAUUGAGGUUGUACUGGACAUAGACCACGAUGAAGUGUCAGUGUGCUUGGGUCUGACUAAAACAAGUCUACAUAAACGCAAUAUGGUUGCAUUUGGACCUACAACUCUGAGGGCAACAAUCUGUUACAAUAUGUUAAGAUUGUGCCGUAUCAAGACUGGUGAUAUUAUCUGCGACCCCAUGUGUGGAUCUGGUUCUCUUCCAAUUGAAGGUGCUAUGAGCUGGGUUCAUUGUUAUCACUUAGGAGGAGACAACCAUGGCAGAGCAAUUGAAAGAACAUGUCAGAAUGUUUCAGCUUUACAAGACAAAAUUAAACUUGAUCAGAAUAGAAAUGGUCUAAAACUGGAUGUUGUACAAUGGAGUAUUGAACAUUUGCCUCUAAGAGAUCAAAGUGUUGAUGUGUUCAUCUCAGACUUGCCAUUUGGACAUAGACUUGGGAACAGAGCUUCUAAUCGGACACUUUAUCCAAAUUUGUUAACAGAAAUGGCUAGAACAGCCACCACUGGUGCUAGGGCUUGUUUACUAACUGAAGAUAAGGCAAAUUUUAUCAAGGCUGUCAAUAAUUUGAGCAAAUUUUGGCAGCGCAGACUCAUGUUAAAUAUUAAUAUUGGUGGUCUGUCUGGUGUUGUCUUUGUUCUAACCCGUACUGCAACAGCCAUAAGGUCACAUUUGACUUCCUGGAAUGAGGCUGCUGCCAACAUUAACCAGGAGACUACACUAGGCAGUGGAGAUUCUGGACAGCUGCCUCCUGAUAACAGCACCGACAUUCAUGUUUUAGAAUCAGUUAGUGUUAAAAACACAGAAUUUAGCCCUGACUGUGAUAAAUCUGUCUUACGUGAUGAGAACCUAUUUUGUUAAAGAAUUUAUAGCUUAUCAUAAUUGUUAAGUUUCCAAUUCAAAUUAUCGUUAAGUUAUUUGCAAAGCAAGCACAAAAUAUUAACUUAAGUUCAAGAACAAAUGUUUGGUUUUUGUACUAGAUCUGUGGGGUUUUUUUUUGACUAUUAAAUUAUGUUGUAACUGCUAUAGGAUGUCUUUUAAAAAUAAGUUGUUAGUGAAAUGUUUAACUUAAUUUGGAAAUAAGCAAAAUGGUGGUGAUCAUAACAUACACUAAAAUAAAUCCAAUGAUGUAAACAUGUCUCCACAAGCAUUGUACAUUGUAAGGCUAAAUCUGAUAGUUUAUCUUUGAUGUUACUUGUACAUUGAAAAGUGGCUCUCCCUUGUUUUUAUUUAAUAGAUCCUAUAAAACUUUGAUUUAGAAACAUUUCAAGUACGGUAUUAAUAUUUAUUUUGUAAAAUAAUGUUCAGCUGUGUAUGGUAUCUGCACUAGAUAAAUCUUCCAUAUGAUUGGGUGAAAACUUUUUAUAUAUAUAUAUCCUUUAGUAAACAAAAUGUUCUAGCUGGCAACAAAUGUUCUACUACCAGACCAAAAAGAAAAUGUAUCACCAUGUGUUAAUGUAGAGUUUGAGAGAAUCAACAGAGAAAUUAACUUGAAAACUUCAAAAAAAGUUGUAACCUGGCCAAUAUUUUUUAUUUCAAAUAAAAAAAUCUAAUCAGAUUUUAAGAGAUUCAGAAGAACAAAAAUAAUAAAAUCUUCAAUCUUUUGAAACAAGAGAUUGUUUUUGUCCCCCAAACUAUUAAGAAUGAGAAGAUCCAAGUCAUUUAAUGUUCAAAAAGUGCCUUUGUUAAAACAAUUUUAAUGUAUUUUCAUUAUAGUGUUUUGAGCAAUAUGAAUGUUGCAUUGUUCUCAAAGUUUAAUUAUUUAAAGUUGAAGUUUGUUCAUAUUUUUUAAUUGUGAUAAUUUUUUAAAAAUUUGUUUAAACUUGCAUUUUGAACAUUGGCCAGUAUGUUGGGUCAAAGAUUAAAUGAUUAUGUAUUAUCAUUAAAGAUUUAGUGUUUUUGUGUGUGUGUGCUUUACUAACAUGAUUGAAAUUAUAUGACAAACUGAA